UCUUCCCUUGGGCUUUUCCUAGGGGGUGGCUCUUGCCAGGAGGAGUUUUGUGCCACUUGGAGCCCUGCAGCAGCAGCAGCAGCAGCUGCUGCUCUCCUCGUGUGCCAAUGCUCUGGGUGAACACAUGGAGGAGUUCAAACAGCGGCUGCUGCGCCUGCAAAAACAAAUGUCAGGCGUGGGUUUAGCGGCGCUCCAACUGUUCUGCAGCGUCCUUAAUAGGGAUAAUUUCUGUCUCUUGCCUGAUUCCUCUGGGAAUAUAUUUUAUUUUAAAGUCAUCCUUGACAGUAAAGGCAAAAUGCAAAUCUGUUUUUUCCAACGGGGGUUUAUACUGCCAUAAAAUAAAAUCCAUGUGCUGCCCAUCUUUGUGCCAUCUAAGGCUCUGUGAGUGAGCAGCAACAGGAGGAAAUUGAUAAUAGUGAGGGGACACAAGAUGACAAAAAUAGCAGGAUUGCUUGGACUUGCAUUUGCUAAUGAGAAUUAUGAGGUGGUUUUAAUUCCUAAUUCAUGCUGUAGUCACUGCUCUGGAUUAAAACUUGAUUUCAUGGGCUAAAGAUUUUAAAUUUAACUUCAUGGGCUGAAAGUUUUAAACUUAACUUCAUGGGCUGAAGGGUUUAAACUUGACUUCAUGGUCUGCAGGUUUCCAGCUGUACUCUGUAGAAGGUGCUUUUCUGCUGGCUUUGCUCUCACUUGCACCAGCAGCUCAGCUCUGCUGGGAGCCCAGCAAACAGCCCGUGGGAUGGUCACAGACAGGAUUUAGAGUGGGUGGCCCCUGAAUCCAAGAUUUCUGCACGUGGAUGAAGAGGGAAUCUCACAGAAGGAAUGACCCACCCACCCUACACCGCCACAGCCUCUUCCAGCAACCCAGUCAUGAGCCAGAGCAACCAGAGCUGCUCCCGUCAGGACAUCACCUUCAAGAGCAGCCUCUACGCCACCACCUACACCCUCAUCUUCAUCCCAGGGCUCCUGGCCAACAGCGCUGCCCUGUGGGUCCUGUGCCGCUUCCUCAGCAGGAAGAGCAAAGCCGUCAUCUUCAUGAUCAACCUGGCCGUGGCCGACCUGGCCCACGUCCUCUCACUGCCCCUGCGCAUCUACUACUACAUCAACCACACCUGGCCCUUUGGGGAUGUCCUCUGCUUGCUCUGCUUCUACCUGAAGUACCUCAACAUGUACGCCAGCAUCUGCUUCCUCACCUGCAUCAGCAUCCAGCGCUACUUCUUCCUGUACCACCCCUUCCGCGCCAAGGGCUGGAAGCGCCGCUACGACGUGGCCAUCAGCGCCCUGGUCUGGCUCGUGGUGGGGGCCCUCUGCGUGCCCUUCCCCAUCAUGAGGAGCCACGGGCUGGGUGCCAACACCACCAGCUGCUUUGCCGACCUGCAGGUGAAGCCGAUCGACAGCAAGGUGGGCACGGUGCUGAUGACCGGCACCGCCGAGCUCCUGGGCUUCGUGGGCCCGCUCGUCAUCAUCUUAUUCUGCACGUGGAAAACAAGAGACUCCAUCCGGGGCUUCCAUAUCCCAGAGGAAAACAGCGGGGAGAGGAGGAAGGCCCUCAGGAUGGUUUCCAUGUGUGCUGUUGUGUUCUGUGUGUGUUUUGCUCCCUACCACAUCAACUUCUUCUUCUACAUGUUGGUGAAGGAGAAUGUCAUCACCAACUGCUUGCUGAGCACCAUCACACUCUACACCCAGCCCUUCUGCCUGAGCCUCGCCAGCUUCGACUGCUGCUUGGAUCCCAUCAUCUAUUUCUUCAUGACUUCCGAGUUCCAGGAACAGAUUUCCAGGCACAGCAGCAUGGCCAUCCGGAGCCGGCUCAUGAGCAAAGAGAGCGCCUCGUCGAUGAAGGGAUGACAAGAAAGCCACUUGGAUGAAACGAAGGUAUUUCAUGUGAAACCUGAGACUGGUCUGGGAUACUCCAUUACCAGCUCCCUUGUGGAAGAUCCUGGAGUUUUGUCCAAGGGAGUUUUGUGGCAGUGGAAUUGUUUCAGUAUAUAGAAGAUAAAAUCUUGUCUAAGACUGGUAUGUUGGAAUCUGGUGAGCGGCCCAAUUGAUGUGACUGUCCCCCUCCCUGUGCCACCCCCACCUGACCUCACUGGACUAGAAAAUACACAGGAGGGAGUAAAAAAACUGGUGGAAAAGUCCCAGGCUUUUCUUCUAUUUUCCCAGUUGCAGCUCUAUGAUAAAGCCAGAGACAAUCCCACAUUCAUACACUGACAUCUGCUGAAGGAUCUUCUCAGGGAAAACCACACAAGAACCUAAAACUGGCCAGUAGCAACCAAAGGACACUGUGGUUUGUGCAGCAGGGUUUGUGGACAGGUGAAGGUGUGCAGGUGGUUUCCACGUGCUCCUGGGUUUGGUGCAUCCCACAGGUCACCAGUGACCUCUGCUCCCCCUUUCCACACUCACCCUCCUGCUCUGCUCCUCCUUUCCCUCCUCACCCACCUCUGUUUUCUCCCUAAUUGCUGACACAUCCCUGAACUUGCACCUGCAGCUGGUGAAAGAUGCUCUGCAAGAGAAAUUCUCCUCAAACAUCCAGAGAGUGGCACCUUUCCCUGCUCCAGGUGACUUUCUUCCCUCCAAGCUGGCAAGGUGGACACGGGCAGGUGGCUUUUGCCUUUGGACCCCUUGGGGAAGGACCAUGGUGGUCCUGGGGUCAGUGCAGGUGGGUUUGAUGGUGCUGGUGAUACCACUCAGGUUCUCACUCCCUUCUGUGUGUGGUCCAGAGGUAACUGAGACGAAUCAGCCCCGAAAAAGCUCAGCUCAACCUGUUCAGUUGAUGCAUCUUUUAAAAAAGAGAGGAUUCCUUGCCAAGGUGAUUUCACUGAUAGAGCAAAAGUUAAGUUCCUAAACUAUUGUGAUUUUUUUUUUCCACCAGGUCCGGUCAUGAUCCUAAGGCUUACAUUUUUAGAUAGCUAUGCAAAGCAGCAACAAGGAAGGAUUCAUUUACCCCUUAUUUUUAAUUAGUUACAGCUCUUCCGCCAAGUCCACCCACUCUGUAACCUCAAGGGUAUCUCAUGAUACCUGGGGAUGGAUUUGGCUGAACAGUCACCAAUUUAUUGCCUUUGGAAAUCAGUAUAUUUUCAAAAGAACGUGAACAAUUUGUACAGUCUUGCAACAGUUGCUACAAAACCAGAAGAAAUACCAGAAACACUUGCUACGUGUAUUUUUACCCCAACCACUCAAUUUCAUUUAAUUAAAAUGUAACUCAGCCAAAUAUUUCCUUAUAUUGUGUUUUCCCACUUCUCUGUUUUGCAAAAAAAAAAAAAAAAAAAAAAAAAAAAAAAAAAAAAGAGGAAAAGUCAAGAAUCAGGGUUUAAACAACCAUUUCCCUCUAAAAGACAGCAGCACUGAUUAAACACAAUAAGCUGUCAUAGUUCUCCUCCUAGGUGUGAGAAGAUGAUUUUGAGCUGAGUAGGUGGCACUAGGGGUGAUGGAAAUGUUCUCUCUGAUGGCACUGACACAAGAAAUGUUUACACACUGCAAGGAGCCCCCUUCCAAAGGGAUGGAUGCUCACGGGCAGAGCUGACCUCACACAAUUCCACAAUUCAAUUGUCAGUUCAGCAGUCUCUCAUAAGCUACACUCUGUAUAAAGUUGUCAGAGAAGGAGAGUUCCAUUUCAGUGCUUGUUUUGAGGAUUUUUAUAGACCUUGCUCAGCCUCCAUGUGACUGGGAGCUGUUUCCUGUCCCUUCACUUUCGCACCCUUCUCCCUUGAUCAGCUUGUGAAAACAAACUGAGGGCACUUAUGGGAACUCUGUAGCUCCUUCUGUGGGUUUUUUGAGCAUCAGUUCCCAAGAACUGAUGCUCAAAAAAAUAAAUAAAAAUAAAGGCUGUUUUGCAAACAUCAGUUGAGUUUUGUAGUUAUCACUGGUACCUGGAAAAAUGUGUGGGAUCAGCUUCUCUGGGAUCAGGGUGCAGCAAAGGAGCACAACUUUUAUUAUUAUUAAACAGAUUUGUUGCUUGUUUUCA